CGACGAGGGUCCAUUAAGUUUAAAGCUUUCCGGGUUCACCCUGUCAACAGUCGCUGGGUGUGCUGCUGCUGCUACGGAGCAACGAUGUCGGAGCAGGAGUCUCUGAGGUGCUCCAGUGCCAGAAACCGUGGAGGCGUACAGAGGGUGGAAGGAAAACUGCGAGCCAGCGUAGAAAAGGGGGAUUAUUAUGAAGCACAUCAGAUGUACAGGACUUUAUUUUUUAGGUACAUGUCACAGGGGAAGCAUGCGGAGGCCAGGGAGCUGAUGUAUAACGGAGCUCUGCUCUUCUUCAGCUACAACCAGCAAAACAGCGCAGCAGAUCUGUCCAUGCUGGUGCUGGAGGUUUUGGAAAAGUCUGAGACAAAAGUUGAAGAUGAAAUAUUAGAAUGUCUGGCUAAACUCUUCAGCCAGAUGGACCAGAACUCUCCAGAGAGAGUAGCAUUUGUUUCCAGAGCCUUGAAAUGGUCCACAGGAGGGUCUGGCAAGUUGGGUCAUCCAAAACUACACCAGCUGCUUGCUGUCACUUUGUGGAAAGAGCAAAACUACAGUGAGUCUCGUUAUCACUUCCUGCAUUCCUCUGACGGGGAGGGCUGUGCACACAUGUUGGUGGAGUAUUCAGCAUCACGAGGCUUCCGCAGUGAGGUUGACAUGUUUGUGGCGCAGGCCGUCCUACAGUUCCUCUGCUUAAAGAACAAAAACAGCGCUUCCGUGGUGUUUAGCACGUACACAGAGAAACACCCGUCCAUAGAGAGGGGCCCUCCUUUCGUGCAGCCUCUACUAAACUUUAUCUGGUUUCUGCUGCUGGCAGUGGACGGGGGUAAAUUAACAGUUUUCACAGUGUUAUGUGAGCAAUAUCAGCCUUCCCUGAAGAGGGAUCCCAUGUAUAAUGAGUAUCUCGACAGAAUAGGACAGCUUUUCUUUGGCGUUCCACCCAAACAGUCCCCAUCGUAUGGCGGACUACUAGGCAAUCUGCUCAACAGCCUGAUGGGUUCGGGCGAGGAGGAUGACGGAACUGAAGAACCUCCAGAGGACAGCCCCAUAGAAUUAGACUGAGCACGCGGCCUGGGAUGAGGAAAUCAAUAACAAACGCACGAAAAAUAAUGAAUAAGACCACCCAGCCUCCCUCCUUCAGCUCCGCCGCGGGGUCAGGGCACGGUGGUGGUCUGUGAUUUCAGAGGCGUGCUGUUUAACAGAAACUCCAUCUCUCAAAUCAUCCAGUCAAAAAAAAGGAAAAAAAAGAAAAACUAUUGGACCGGCAAAACAAACGAAUCCAAAAAAACACCCCCGUCAGCACUGCCUGGACUGACAACGCCAAACUGCAAACUCUUUCUGUGUUGAACUGUUAUAUACAAUUAUUUUAAUCAUCAUUUUUGUUGUUUAAGGGUGUAAGAUUUUGAAACAAGACAUCACAACUGUCCUCUCUGCUUGUGAAAACCUGCUCCUAGGAGGUAGUUGGAGUCUCAGUGUAGAGGACAGCAUCACAAGUCUGUCUCCAUGACAUAAUGUUGCAUAUAAGAGGGUUUAGUUGACUCACAGCAAGUCUCCGACUUGCCACGAUAUAGCUGCUGUUGGCGUUUUUCAACUUAUUCCGUUACAGGUUUCUUCUUCAUCUUCUUCUCUCAGUAGGAUAUUAAAUUAUACUUUUUAGUUGAGGUCACGUUUCAGCAUCUCAUUUGCAGUUUAAUGGACUUUUUUUUUUUUUAAUUUAAAAACCCCAUCAGAGCUCUGAAGUUAUUAUCAGAGGUCACGUUGCACCUUAAACAUCCACCAAACAAACCAUUCUGCAGUGUCAUUUCUGUUGUGUAACACUACUGCAAACACACAGCUGUCUGUAUCAAACGGCUCCGUUGUUGUGUGGUUCAACUUUUUGCCCUAUGCUGGCUGAACUGUUGCUGAGUUGCUUUAAAUCUCCAAGAUGAAUUCUGUGGCCAAGAGAAAAAAAAAAAAAAAAAGAAUUAAAAAACCCCUCAGGUUUGACUUUUUGUUCCAACUGCAAGACAUCAAAUUGUGGCGACUUUUUAAAGCACUUAAAAAUCUGCAAAAGUGGCCUUUUUUAUGAAAGGAGCGAAAUCGGACACUGUGAAACGAACGUUUGUUAGACUUUAACUUGCAUCGCAUGUUGUAAAUUGCUAAUAUUUAAACCAGCUGCUUCACUCUCAUUCUCGCGCCUCUGUUUUAGGUCCAAACCAGGUUUUUCUUGGAGGCGGUGAAACAGUUCAGCCGGUGCGAAAUAAGAAGCAUGAUUCGUUCAGUAGCUGCUGCUUAUCAGUGUUAAAGUCAUCGGCCCUCGGAGAGCACAGCUUUCUUGUCUUUUGCUCACAUUGAGAACUUCUCAUUGUGACUUGUGAUAACUUCAGGUCUUGUCAGUCUGUUGUUUUUCGAAGCUCCAUGUUAUCUGAAAACACCUUUUUCAGCCCUGAUUAUUUGAAAAAGGUGUGCAACACUUUUCCUUCAAUAAAUGGCAGAAAACUUGGAAUGUCUACAGGU